GCAAUUUUUCGCGACCCAAACAAAACCACCACACAGCCAGAGGCGCAGGAUAUCAACCUCUUUGCGUCCUAGACAACCACGGUUACUCUCCGCCGAUCCCGACAGAAACAAUGGCUCCCAUCGCAAAGAAGUCCGGCGCCAAGAAGGGCCCCAAGGUGACAAAGAAGUUCGUCAUCAACGCUUCGCAGCCCGCCAGCGACAAGAUCUUCGACGUCUCGGCCUUCGAGAAGUUCCUGAACGAGAAGAUCAAGGUUGAGGGCCGCGUCGGCAACCUCGGCGAGACCAUCAAGAUCUCCCAGCAGGGUGAGGGCAAGAUCGAGAUCAUCGCCCACAAUGAUCUCUCUGGCCGCUACCUCAAGUACCUGACCAAGAAGUUCCUCAAGAAGAUGCAGCUCCGUGACUGGCUCCGUGUCGUCUCGACCUCCAAGGGCGUCUACGAGCUCAAGUUCUUCAACGUCGUUAACGACGAGGCUGAGGAUGACGAGGAGUAAACUGGUCGGCCAUCUGUUCUGUUUUGGGAGUUCUCCGGGAUCGUCUGGAAGGGAUACCAAAAGCAUAUUGCACGGGCUGUGCAUAGCGGGACAACGGGUCAAUAAAAGCAAAAAAGACACGGGCCGCUGUUGCGACCAGGCGUUGCGCCGAGGC